AUGGGUGGAGUUGUGAGAAUAAGGCUUGGUCUUUGGGAAAACACUGAUGUGGAGAUUUUGGAGGAUACUGCUCAACAAAUCACAGCUAAACUGUUUUUUAAGGAUUUGGAUGGAAAUGUGGUUGUCACUAUGAUGUAUGACAAGUGUGCUGCUAUUGAAAGAUUAGGACUAUGGGACAGUCUGUAUAGUCUAGCAGACAGGAUUAAUUUGCCAUGGUUAAUAGGUGGAGACUUUAAUGUAAUCUUGAAUGGGGAGGAGAAGAUUGGAGGGUUGCCUGGUUUUCCUCAAGAAUAUGAAGAUUUUGCACUCUGUGUUAAUUCUUAUGAGCUGACCGAUAUUAACUUCAAAGGUAGUCCUUUCACUUGGUGGAAUGGUAGAACUACACAAAAUUUUGUCAAACCAUUCAAGUUCUUAGAUUUCUGGACUGAGCAUAAAGAUUUUACUGAUGUGAUUAGGCAACAUUGGCAAGCUACUAAUACAACUGAUGUUUUCUUAUCAUUUAAGCAGAAGCUGAAGAGUGUGAAAACUGCUUUAUCACAGUGGAGCAAGCAUACUUUUGGUGAUAUUUUCAAGCAGUUGUGCAUUAGAGAGGAUAUUGUAAGAGUUAAAGAAGAUUUGUUUGAGGAAUUCUCCACAGAAGGUAACAUAAUGAUUCUUCAAAGGGCUCAAGCUGAACUACAGAAGUACUUGCAUUAUGAGGAGGAAUUUUGGAGAUAG